AUGUCGCGUUUACUUCAUACUGGCUUUUCUGUUAGAACAUCGCUGACGAUAUUAAAACGGUCACAAGGACAUCGAAUAUGUGGGCAUAUACAUUUGCAAGAUGUUGAUAGAAAAAAGAAAUCGAGCAAUGUCAGCUCACGUAAUUUUUCCGAAUAUGUGGAUAAGCCAUCCAGGAGUGAUGAAAAUAAAAAGACCGAUAAACUUCCAGGGAUAGCCUUGUUAGAAAACCUGGCAGACAGUAGCAUUUCUGUCACAUCAAGAGACAGCCAGAAAAAGAGAACCCAUUGGACAAAAGAACAUCUUACAUUAAUGACUAGAAUAGAAAAGUCAGCAUUUGUUCCUAAGAAAGCUAAGAAUUUAACUGUAGACAGCUUUAAGGAUGUUCCAAAACAGACGUCUUUAAAGACACUGCUCAAUGAACUUGAAGACCUUGACAUCGCAAGUAUACUGAAUGAACUGUCCAAAUCAGGCAAAACACUUGAAGCUGUAGACAUCUUGUUCAAUUAUCUCCACAUCUGUAACAAGUUAGACGAUGCACAAAAGCCAGAGCAACUUUAUGAUGUUGAUAUAUUCAACUGUAUUCACCGUGCUCUUGCCAAAGAGGGAAACAUUAUGUGGAUGGAACAGAUUCUGACUUGGAUGACAGACCAGACUGUAACUCCUACCUUACAAACAUAUGCACACUUUCUCGAGUGUUAUGGACGCAGUUCAGAAGAUGAUGCCCAUCAUAGCAAGAUACUCGACAUUAUCCACCAGUUACAAGCAGAGGGUCUUGUAUUGGAAGACUUAUAUAACAACUGCACUUACAUAUCGGAUGAGUGGACCUAUGUCAGAAAGGCAGUAGAAACUGUGAUACCAAACUUUAAACCCCGCCUAAUUCCUGAGAAGCGUCCUUAUAACAAUCCUCUACUGUCUCACCUGGACACAGCAGAAGCUAAAAAGAAAAAGAUAUUCAACCCAAAUAAAGAUAUCAUGAAAGGGAAGCAGCUGUCACGUAAAUUCCAGAAAAGAUUAAGAUUGGAAAAAGAUGAAUUUAUUUCCCUGAUGCCCAUUUCGCAAUUGAAGAAAGGUGCAAGUUCGAAGGAUGCACAGAACAAGAUCAGAGAGAUGAAGAAUCACUGGGCCCAAUGUUUUGCAAGGGUUUACCAUUUGUCUUUAAAGGACUGGAAUGGACACACUUUUGCAGGCUACCUAGGAGUUCUGAAACCCAAAGAAUUUGCUGAUACUGUUUUGGAGGUGGUAGAACUCCUGUUACAAGAUUCCCUUAAAUCACAACACUGGACAAACAGAAAGUUUGCGUGGAGUCUUGGAUCACGAUUAAUGCGGAAAUCCCAAUACUUUUACAUGGAGAAAUAUGGAAUCCGGAACAAGGUUGAUAAAGUGUAUAAGGAGUAUGCCCAGCUAUUGCUAGAUGAGAGCGAGUUAAGUUGUAACCACCGAGAGAUGUGGGAGUCACUCUGUAACAAACACAUGGAUGGACCUACAUUGGGCGUUUUACAGAAAUCCUGGUCUCCUAGUACACAACUGUGGGUUGGUUAUCGGAUCCUGGAUCAGAUAAAGAAUACAAUGACGAUUUCCGUGGAAGAGAAAGUGGAUGGCAAAAAGAUCAGGAAACAGGAACCAGCAUUGUUUGAAACCCUAAAUAGAAAUGUUAUUGGAAAAUGUUUCCCCUGCAACAUGCCACAUCCACAGUUAUUGAAGUUGUAUGCUAAAAAAGGCCGAUCAGUGGGAUUUCAGCUGUUAGAGAUGCCGUUCACCAUUCCCCCAGUUCCCUGGACCUCAUUAUACCAUGGUGUACACUUAAUGGGAGAUGGGGAACUCAUUCGUAAACCGUAUCGUGAUCAGGAGCUGUACACGAAACUUGCUAUGGAUAAGAUGUCCUCUUCUGACAUUCUGCCAAUAUUUGAUGUACUCAACUACAUGGGUUCCUGUCCAUGGAAAAUAAAUCAGCCAGUACUGGAUAUCCAGACAAAAGUUUUUCAUAACAAUGGAAACAAACAGAUGAAUGUACCAUUGCCUGCUCCACCUAUGCCUGCCUCUCUCAAGCGUAUGAGGAAAGGUGAUAAAAAGAAGAACAGACAAACCUUGAUAGACAAGUACAAGUGGCAGAAAAAGUCCUUAGAAAUGAAUUCUCUUUGGUACAGUUGCUUAUGGAUGCUAACAUUAGCCAAUGAGUUCAGAGACCAAGUGUUUUGGCUGCCGACCAACAUGGACUAUCGUGGCCGAGUGUAUUGUUAUUCUACCAUCCUUCAAUACCAAUCUGAUGAUAUGACUAGAAGCCUUUUUUUAUUUGCCAAGGGAAAACCUCUUGGAGAGAAGGGGUUGGACUGGCUCAAAAUUCAUCUCAUCAACUUGAAAGGAAUAAAGAAAAGACAUUCCAACAAAGACCGACUUGCCUACGCUAAUGAGAUGAUGGAAGAGAUCUUGGACUCUGCAGAAAAUCCUUUGGAAGGCCGUAUGUGGUGGUUGGAGGAUGAGAAUCCCUGGCAAGCUUUAGCCUGUUGUAAAGAGAUAGCAGCAGCAUUCCAUAGUAAGGACCACACAAAGUUUGUCAGCCACUUCCCAGUACACCAGGAUGGUUCAUGUAAUGGACUUCAGCAUUAUGCUGCCUUAGGGAGAGAUAAAUCUGGUGCUGAAUCUGUCAAUUUGGAACCUUCAGAUGUACCCAACGAUGUUUACAGUGACAUCAUGGAAAUGGUGGAACUACAAAUAAAAGAAGAUGAAAGAGAUGGUAGCAAAAUUGCAAAGCUUGUGGCACCUUACAUUACAAGGAAGGUGGUGAAAAGACCAAUAAUGACGUCUGUAUAUGGCGUUACGUCACACGGUGCCAACCUUCAGGUUCUACAGGUGCUAAAGGAAAUGCCUGACUUUCCGGAGGAACAUCUGAAAGAAGCCUCAGCUUAUAUUUCAAAGAUAAUUUUGUCUAAUCUCAAGAAAAGUUUUGAAAAUGCAGGGAUAAUACAGGAUUGGUUUAAUGCAGUUGCAAUGACCAUUGGUUCUGGCCUUAAGAAACAUGUAGAGUGGAAAACCCCGCUUGGACUGCUAGUUGUUCAGGUCUUCAAUAAAACCUUCCUUAAAAAGAAUCCAGUUACCAAGGAGACCAGGAAAAUAAGCCGGCCAGACACCUGCAAACAAAAAAAUAGUUUCUCGCCUAACUACAUCCACAGCCUGGACUCUGUCCAUAUGAUGCUGACAGCUCUUCACUGUAUGAAGGAAGGCAUUGUGUUUAGCUCAAUUCAUGAUUGCUUUUGGACUCAUGCCUGUGAUAUUGAUACCAUGAACAAGAUUUGCAGAGAGCAGUUUAUCACACUUCACAGUCAGCCAUUGUUGCAACAGCUAUCAGACUAUAUGUUAGAAGCACAUAAAGAAGAGUUGAUGCCUUGUAAGGGCAUGACAUCCACAGAGAAAGCAAUGCUGAAGAAGUAUGAGAAAGUGUUGAAAGCAGAUAAAAUCAAACUUGGGGAUUUUGAACUUGAAAAAGUGCUUGAUUCUGAGUACUUCUUCAGUUGAUGAAACUUGUCCGUAACAAAGGAUGUGGUGCUUCUCAGCAACACUGGCUUCAAAGUUGAUCUAGGUAAUUUAAGAUGGCCUUACAAUGUGACACUAGCCAACACAGCACUAAGGAGAUGUUUUGAUGAACAACCAGUGGAAGGUGUCAUUAACACUGAAGUUGUCAAGACAAGUUUCUCUUCAUCAACAGCCAAUGGAAAGUCUUGUGACUGAAGUUGACAAGACAAGUUUCUCUUUCUCAACAGCCAAUGGAAAGUCUUGUGACUGAAGUUGUCAAGAUGAGCUUCUCUUUCUCAACAGCCAAUGGAAAGUCUUGUGACUGAAGUUGUCAAGAUGAGCUUCUCUUUCUCAACAGCCAAUGGAAAGUCUUGUGACUGAAGUUGACAAGACAAGUUUCUCUUUCACAAGAGCCAAUGGAAGGUCUUGUAACUGAAGUUGUUGAGAUAAGAAAGCAAGGGGAAAGUCUUCUUUUAAUGAAUAUUAUAGACAGUUUGUGAGCAAGUUUAUACCUCAGCAAUGAUGUGUUCUGAGAAAUGUACAGCCUAUUGAGUAAGGCGUUGAAUGAAUUAUAUGAGGACUUAUCAGCCAAUGUGUAAUAAUUUAAUCAGUCCAUUCCUGUGCCAAAUUUAUGAUAGAAUGGUAUUAUUAUCCCCCGCGAAACGCAUUUUCUGGGGAUAUCAAUUGUGGUUCUGUUUGUACGUGCAUCUGUGAGUGCAUCUGUGUAAGGGAUUUUACAGGCUAUAACUUCAAAACCGUUCUGACUCAACUUCACAGAACUUGCUGUAUGUAUUAAGUUAGUGCCUUAAUUGUGGCUUUUGCUAUUGACAAUUUUUCAUUUUUUAUAUUUUUCUGUUACCAUGGAAAUAUAGCCAAAAACCACAAAAUUAGUGUUUACUUUCCUUUCCUAACUACACUUCAAAACCGUUCCACUCAGCUCAACUAAACUUCUGUAUUUAUUAGGUUAGUGCCCUAAUUGUGGCUUUUCCUAUUGACAAUAUUUAAUUUUUUACAAUUUUCUGUUACCAUGGAAAGAUUAGUGAUAGUAAAUUAGUGUUACCUUUCCUUUCCAGGCUACUACUAUUUCGAAACCAUUCCACUACACUCCACAAAACUUCUGUAUAUAUUAGGUUAGUGCCCUAGUUGUGCCUUUUGCUGUUGACAUUAUUUCAUUUUUUAUUUUGUUUCUGUUACCAUGGAGAAAUGGUAAAAAAACUAACAAAUUAGUAUCAACUUUCCAUACCAGGCAACAGAUUUGAAACCAUUCCACUCAACUCCACAAAACUCUCUGCAUAUAUUAGGUUAGUGCCCGAGUUGUCCCUUUUUUUUUAUUGAGGACAUGUCAUUACAUAUAUUUUUUCUGUUACCAUUGAAUUUUUCAAUUUCUUGAGACUUUCUAAUAUUGCGCCAGAGCUUAUACAGUGUUGCAUAAAUUUGUUCCUGGACAAUACCAAGCUCUUUUCAAAUAUCAACAUUCAAACACACAGUAUGUACAUCAAGAUAUAAAUUCUAAAUAUAAAUUUGAUAUAUAAGAUUCAAUAUAUAUAUAAUGUUGAAGUUGAGGAGAUGCAAGGAAAUUUAAUUGAUAAUUGACAGAAGACAUUAUAUUUUGUAUUAGCGCUUUCACUGUAUUAGAUCAGUUCAUAAACGCGUGAUGUCACAAUUUGGUAUACUGUAUGGUAUACCCAACAGCUGGAUGCGGGGGAUAAUGCCACACUUUGUGGCUCCUUGUUUUAUCAGAACUUAUUCAUCUUAUUAACUUAUAAACUUAUACAUGAUACCAUUCAUUAAAAUGCAUCUGUACAAUUGGUGUUUAUUUGAACUAGAAGAUGCAGGUUUGAAUCCUGCUGUACAUGUAGUUGUGUCUUUCAACUCUGGUGUGCUGAUAAGUGCAAGUUUCAUCACUGGUGUCCUCACCAGAGGGCACUGCAAAAAAAUUCAUAAGUACUAGAGGCCUGUUUAAAAGUAUGUCUGGAAAAUUAAUUCACUAGUCCCUAAAAUCUACAUUAGAAAUUUUCACACACAUAUCAGUUUUUAUUCGAUCAAGUUCAGCUCUGAAUCAAUUGUUGAUAUCUGGUAAAUUUUUCACUAAAACUGUUACCAACAGUAAUUGUGCUCAACUAGACAUGAACAUCAAAAGGACAUGUAAAGAUAGAGCUAGUGUAAACAAUGUGGUCAAUUUUUGGACCCAGGUGUGUGUUUGUACCUGGUGUACUGUUAGGUGUGUGUUUCAACACUGGUGUACACACUACUGGUUGGUAUGGAUUUCAACCCCGGUGUACUGGUAAGUGUGGAUUUCAAAGGUAGUAAAGAUGGAAGUUUUUACAGGUACUGAAAAGGUACACAAAGGUAGAACUUUUUACAGGUACUGAAAUGGUGCAAAAAGUUAGAACGUUUUACAGGUACUGAAAAGGUACAAAAAGUUAGAACUUUUUACAGGUACUGAAAAGGUACAAAAAGUUAGAACUUUUCACAGGUACUGAAAAAGUACACAAAGGUAGAACUUUUUACAGGUACUGAAAAGUUACAAAAAAGUUAGAACUUUUUACAGGUACUGAAAAGUUACAAAAAUGUAGAACUUUUUACAGGUACUGAAAAGGUGCAAAAAAGGUAGAACUUUUUAAAGGUACUGAAAAGUUACAAAAAUGUAGAACUUUUUACAGGUACUGAAAAGUUACAAAAAUGUAGAACUUUUUACAGGUACUGAAAAGUUACAAAAAUGUAGAACUUUUUACAGGUACUGAAAAGUUACAAAAAAGUUAGAACUUUUUACAGGUACUGAAAAGUUACAAAAAUGUAGAACUUUUUACAGGUACUGAAAAGUUGCAAAAAAGGUAGAACUUUUUACAGGUACUGAAAAGGUGCAAAAAAGUUAGAACUUUUUACAGGUACUGGAAAGGUACAAAAAGGUAUGGAUAAGCCAGAUAAACAUAUUACUCUGAGGUGAUGUUUCUGUAUGGUCAUUUUCUAUUGUCAUCAACAUUAGAUACAUGUAUGUGUAUCUUAUAUAGAUCAGAGAAGUGAUAUAUACGUCUCUGUAUAGAUUAUUGAAAAAGAGGAAACAGAGUAAAGCAGAAUUAUCAUUUUCUCAUUGUAAUCCAGAGAAACUUUAUGCGACGAUAUAACUAGAUUUAUCAAAAACAAAAUAAUACUCUUGCAUUCAUUGAUAAUUUAUUUUUGUAUAAGCUGUAUGAUAUUUUACCAUUUAAAUACCCUGGUACCAUGUCAAAGUCUAGUGAUUUUUUAUUUAUUUUUCAACAAUGAUUUUAACUCGAUACACAGAACACAUUGAUUCCUUAUGUGGAAAUUAUAGCAAUUAUGUAAGCUUCCUAUAAUGUCAGCUCCAAUAUGUAAAAUCAUUUCACAUUCAAUGUCACUUUAGGCCGGUACCAUUUUCAGAGUGGUCCAUCUUGAUAUAACAACAUGCUACAGAAUCCAAUAUCCCGGCAGUUUUUUAACUCUGAGCUGUGAAUUUGAUGUUUGACAGGAUAAGGUAGCACUGUUUUCCCUCUCGCCAUUUUGAUAUAUUUUUGCCAUUUCCCUAUUUGUCUUCUUUUUGAUAUUGCACAUAGUGGAUAUUUCAAUGGUAUGGAGCACAUUUGUAUUGUUAAAACAAAACAUGUGAUCUGGUUGAAAGUAUAAUAAGCUGUUGUGUAACAAUGACUUACCUGUACAUUAAACAAGUACCUUGUUUACAGAAGACAUGAAAACGACUCAUGUUUUAAAAUCAGCUAUUAGACCUGAAACAUAUACACUUGACUAGGUUGUGAGCAUUUUCAAGGCGGGUCAAAAACAAAGGUGUGUUUUAGGGGUGGUAGUAUGGUAACAUGUACAGGUUGACGGUGAUAAAUAUUUUCAUUGCAGACUAUUUCAUAUGUUUAUCCUAUGAAUACUCAUACCAACAGGAUCUGUAACUUCACAGAUAUCAACAGCGAGUCUUUAAUUUCAUUUUUUUUUUUUUUUCAUUUCGUAAAAUAUAUCAAGUAUAUGAGGGGAGUGUACAGGUGUGUGAGAUGAAACCAAGUGAGUAAUUGAGUGCUAUUGUUAUGACAUAUGCUGUUAUUUUGAUAAAUAAAUAAAUAAAUAAAUAAACAAUUC